CACUUGCAUCCCCUAGCUUCUUUUUUAAUUGUACAAAGGACUUCUCGGUCAGGAUGGACAAACAUUUCUUGUUGCUCUUAGCCCUCUUCUGCUGCAUUGUGGCGGUGAUACCACUGACAUGCAUUACAUGCCACCUCCGCACACAGACAGAUCGCUGUAGAAGAGGCUUCGGUGUCUGUGUUGCUAAGAAGCAUGAGACGUGCAUGAUCUUAAAGAUCUUCCAGGAUAAGACCCUCCAGUUAUCCUACCUGGUGUGUCAGAAAUUCUGCAGAGACUUGACAUAUGUCCGCAACAAUCGAACUUAUGUUCAUACAUGCUGCAACUACGAUUACUGCAACUUUAAAAGUCUAAAAUAUUUUUUCUCCUGAGGUCUCACUUUAAGAUGUUUCUGAUGUUUCUCUGCUUGCACUUGCAUUCCUGCCCUGUCAAGGAAGUACCCCAACUCUCUCUGAAAUUCAGGGUUAUCCCACCUGUUGUCUCCAGCUUGGUUCAGCUACCUCGGUUGGAGAAUAGUGAUUCUGAACAACAGAUUUCUCCCAUUCUAGGGACUGGCAUUUCUAAACUUCAACAAGCCUACCCCAAGAGCCCAAUAGAAAAAUUUAAAAUAAGACCAUUCUAGGUCUUUGUGAUUAUCUGAGAUAGUUGAGGCAUACUAGAAAUUUUUCAGCUGAAAAUUCACAAGUAUUUUUAUCUAAAACCCCCAUUUAUCAUGGUUAUCAUUAAGCAAAAAUAGCAAUAAAACAGAUGGUGGACAGUCAAGAUUUUCCUCUAGGGACAAAAAGUUAUUUUCCCCUGAGAACAGUGUCCAUCUCAUACUCGGUCAUGAUUUUCUUGGCAUGUACAAAGUAUUUCCAUAGUCAAUAUUAGUAGGAAACAGCAAAUAAAGAAUUACCUGCCUCUAUGACAUUCACAGCUCACACAGUCACCUCUAGGCCUGUCAAGGUGUACUUUCAAGAUACAUUACAACUCUCAUUUCUUCCCCUUCCUCUUCUAGUCUUCCUCAAUUCCAUUCCACUUUCGCCACCCACCCCCACUCUGAACUUCCCAGCAACCCAUGCCAUUGCUGAACAAAUCCUCUCUCCUCUGAAUACUCAAGUCACUGUAUGAAUACUUUUUUUGACACUCUCUCAUAAUGAGUCAUUUCUCUGUUUAUUUAAUUUGCCCUAGGACGUUAUCAAUCACAGCAAGAGGAGUGCCACGUCUUACACAUAACUAUUGCCUUUGGCUGGCCAGUUAAACUUUACUGUGCUUAAUUGAACAGCCAGUAAAGCUGAUGAAGUUUUCUCAUCCAUCUGUUUAGCCUGGAGGACUUGUGGCUUCAUGCCUUUGCUGGUUUACCAUCUAUUUUGUUGAGUAUACUGGAAAUGGUAACUUCUACUCCCAACCAGACCAGACACAAAAUGUUCAUUCCAGGGCCCAUAUGCUAUGUGUUUUUCUCAAAGAGAUUAUGAAAGAGACAUUUCUUUCUUCCCCCGCCCCCUCUUUUUUUUUCUUUUCAGGGCCUCACCCAUGGCAUAUGGAAGUUCCCAGGCUAGAGGUCAAAUCAG